ACAGGAGGACCUGUGCUCUUGACUACUUUACAGCCAGUGUUUAUGACAGUGAAGUGAGGCAGCCUGGUAGCAUAGGAUGUCUAGAGCCCGCUGGAGAGGGGUCGGGGGUACCCUGCUCGGACUGCUGCUCUUUGGAGUAGGCAUAUUGGUGGCAGCUCUGCUUGUGAGGACCUACACUCUUCGUAGCAGCCAGGUCAGCUGGCAGGGGCCAGGGGUGGCAGAAGUGAAGUUUACACCUGAUGAGAGGCAGCUGCUGAAGAGAGCAUUAAUAGGUGCCCUACGCAUUCCCACCGUUUCAUUCUCUGUAACGGAGCAGAACGUUACAGCUCUGGCCGAGCUUGGAGCAUACAUUAGAAGAGUGUUUCCAAGAGUGUUCUCCUCAAGCAUUAUCAAACAUGAAGUGGUGGCAGAAUACAGUCACCUUUUUGCAGUACAAGGCUCAGACCAAAGUCUAAAGCCCUACAUGAUCCUUGCUCACUUGGAUGUUGUACCAGCCCCUCCUGAAGGUUGGGACAUGCCACCUUUCUCUGGAGAAGAGCGUGAUGGUUACAUAUAUGGAAGAGGAGCCCUGGACAACAAAUGUUGCGUGAUUGGAGCUCUUCAAGCUCUUGAUUUAUUGUUAAAAAGAGGCUACAAACCCAAACGAUCAUUCUAUAUCGGACUCGGACAUGAUGAGGAGGUAUCUGGACACGAAGGAGCCAUGAAAGUUGUAGAGAAACUACAAUCUCGUGGAGUAAAGUUGUUGUUUGUGAUAGAUGAAGGGUUGGCAAUCAUGGAGCGAGUCUUACAUCAAGUCAAAAAGCCUGUAGCUCUGAUUGGUAUCACUGAGAAAGGAUCCAUUACUUUGAACUUGACUGUGAACCAACCAGCAGGGCAUUCCUCGAUGCCUCCUGCUGAGACUAGCAUUGGGAUCCUUGCAGCAGCUGUGUCCAGAUUGGAGAAAAACCCGAUGCCUAACAUGUUUGGCGACGGUCCAGAGGCUCUCAUGUUUGAGCAUUUGGCAGGAGAGUUUGCAUUCCCACUUAAUGUCAUAAUGGCAAACCUGUGGCUCUUCUCUCCUAUCAUCAGUAGAUCGUUAGAGCAGAAACCAUCGAGCAGUGCCAUUUUGCGGACAACUACUGCCAUAACCAUCUUUAAUGCUGGAGUGAAGGAAAAUGUGAUCCCUCACACGGCAAGAGCUACUGUCAACUUCCGACUUCACCCAGCCCAGACAGUUGACGAGGUGUUGGACAUAGUGCAGAACACCAUAAAUGAUGAAAGAGUGGACAUUUCAGUUCUUAACUCAUUUAAUCCUCUGCCUAAUAGCCCACAUGAUGAAUCAAACUUUGGGUACCAGACUUUGAAGCAAACUAUUCAUUCUGUGUUCUCUACAGCCCCAGUUGCCCCAGGAGAUGGCUGAGAAUGCCGCUCAGCCAAUCCCAGGCUAAAACAGUACAUCAUUGCUACCAGUGAUUGCCAGAGUUUCGUUCCUGGGCAUUUCUUGCCAUUUCAAGAAAAUCUAAUCUGUCUGUCUAAAGGGAAAACGACCUGUUGUUUAAAUCGCAUUUCUUUGUCACACCUAUUUUUUUUAUUUCUGGUGAUUUUUGUUUUUAUUUUCCAUGUCACUACAGUUUUAAAAAAUAAGGAAAAUCCUGCAGUUUUUGCUCUGGUCACUAGGCCUAAUACCUGUGCAAAACAGUAAGUUUCGACAUGUUAACUUAUCAGCAGUCAUCUCAUUAUCAUCACCAACAGAAUUACAAUGACAGAUAAUACCUCUGGGUAUAGAUAACUCGGGAUCUACCAUUUACCAUCGGGAUGUAACAGCUUAUGUACACAGGUGGACAAAAUUGUUGUUACCCUUCCGUUAAAGAAAGAAAAACCCACAAUGGUCACUGAAAUACCUCGAAACUGAUAAAAGUAAUAAUAAAUAAAAAUUAUUGAAAAUCAACCAAUGAAAAUCACACAUUGCUUUUGAAUUGUGGUUCAACAGAAUAAUUUAUAAAACAAACUAAUGAAACCGUUCUGGAGAAAAAAGACGUUACCCGUAACUUAAUAUUUCGUUGCACAACCUUUUGGGGUAAUCACUGCAAUUAUGAGAUUUCUGUAACUCUCCAUGACACUUCUGCAGCUCUCCACAGGUUUUUCAGACUACUCCUUGUGAGCAAACUGCUUCAGCCAUUUCUGGUUUGAAGGGUGCCCUACACCAGGCUGCACGUUUCAGUUCCUUCCACAAAUGUUCAAUUGGAUUUAGAUCAGGGCUCAUAGGAGGCAACUUCAGCAUAGUCCAGUGAUGGCUAACCUUGGCACUUCCGCUGUGGUGAAACUACGACUCCCAGCAUGCUCCAUUUAUUUCUAUAGA